AUGGAGACCAACUACAAAAUUGGCAUAGAAGUCGAACUGUUCCUUCAGCCAAAUGACAAUGUGUACACGUCUAAGGAAGAUUUUGCAAAGGAGCUGGUAUCCAGCUACCGCCAAAUCAAAGAAAACGUGCAUCUAAUGCAUCUUGAUCUCGACGAAUGCCCUUAUUUUGGGCCGAAUCGCCUAACUGAAUGGACGAUGGAAGAGGACUGCUCCCUUGAAACUGAUAGGCCUGGACAGAUUGACGCAGAAUUCUCAUCUCCAGUAAUGUACCAUUCCAAUCCACUCUGGAGGAGAUCUGUGGGAUCUGUGUUCAAGCACUUGAGAACCCUUGCAUCCCUUCAAGUGAACCACUCUUGUGGUUUUCACGUUCACAUCAGCAAGCAAGAAAGACCGUGGACACUAGAGGAUCUUAAGCGUGUUUCCCGCGCUAUUCUGUAUUUCGAGUCAUCUAUGGAGCUCGUCGUCCCCGAGCAUCGCCGCGGGAAGUUCGUGGUUCGGUUUAUCAACAGCGCCCGAAACAUUGGCACUCGAUGGGGCCUCAGCCAGUACAGACGCGACGUGCUUGGGCUUCAUAAAUUCUUAUGCGACUAUCCCGUUCCCAACAGCAACCCAAACCUACUGGAACCCCUUUUCGCAGGCAAGACGGGAGUCUUGGAACCACGGAGACUUGGCCAAUUAACUCCGGAACAAGCUAGACGGCUCAGGGACAAGGAUGACGAAGCGAAAAAUAAAAACACUAUCAAGGAGAAGUGGUCUUUGAUUCCGAUGUGA